AUGCGGCGUUUGGUUCAUAACUUCAGCAGGCCACUCGGUUUGCUCGCCACUUCCCAAGCCUUCAAGACAACUUCACCCACCGUCGAUGCAGAUUUGAAAGCAGUAAAUUUUGAGGAUACAUCGGCUUAUAAGCAGAAAAGUACUUGGAAACUUCUAAAGUACUUUUUCAUUUUGAAGUUGUGCAGCUAUGAAAGGCUCACUCAAAAUUCAAUUCAGUACAUGCGUUUUUUUGAAAAAAUAUUGGGGAGCAAAAUAACUUACGAUUUUUUCGUUCGCAAAACCAUUUACGACUGUUUCUGUGCCGGUGCGAAUGACUAUGAGCUCAAGAAAACUAUUCGCGCACUAGAUAAGGCGCGUAUCGGCGUUGUCCUUGAUUAUGCUGUUGAGGCGGAUUGUGAGGGUUUCACCCCCGCACCUGGGAUCGCGGAAGCUCCCGACCUCUCUAUGAGCAGCCUCGUGAACAAGAGCAACAUUCAAUACUUGAUGAACGAAAACGCCUUUGAUGAGAACAUGAAACUUUACAUGGUCAGCAUCAUGCACGCCUCCCUGCAUUGCCCGGCGGGGAACCAUGGUCUAGCCGCCAUCAAGGUAACAGGUAUAUGUGACCCACAGCUGUUGGCACGUGUGUCAGCCAUUUUGAUGUCCAUUCACCAAAGUUGGUACACGUGCUUUACCAAGGAAAAGGCACCCAAGCUGGAGGAAUGUCGUGUGGUAAUGGGAGUGGGCCGCGAACACCAGUUGUACAUCACCUAUGAUCAGCUUCGAGAAGGAUUUAAGGUUCUGGGUGACGGGGUCCCGCUGUCUGAAGAGGAAUUUGAUCAAGUAAUCACGCUACUCGAUCCUCAUAAAAAGGAGAAGAUCGACUAUUUUUGGUACAAGGAAGUUCUUACAGAGGCCACUACCACACCGGAACCCGAUGCAGCUCAGAGUAUCCUCAUCAAGAGGUUACCACACAUGAGCGCUGUGGAAAAGAAAUUAUGGCGAAUUCUUGUAAAGCGGCUUGACCACAUUGUAAGCACUGCUCAAGCGUUGGGGGUUCGAGCUCUAGUCGAUGCUGAGCAAACCUUUUAUCAGAUUGCCAUCGAUGCGCUUGUUGUGUAUUUACAAAAACGCUACAACAAGGAUAUACCAGUGGUUUACAACACAUACCAAUGCUAUCUAACCUACGCAGAGGAUCGUGUUGCUAAUGAUUUAAUUCGUGCAAAGAGGCUUGGGUUUCAGUGGGGUGGUAAGGUCGUGCGUGGUGCGUACAUGCUGCAGGAGGUGGCGACCGCUAAACAAUACGGUUACGCCAGCCCCAUUUGGCCUACUUAUGAACAGACAAACAAGUGUUACGGGCGCGUGGCUAAGCGGAUUGUGGAAGGGUUUCUGGCAAAUCCUGACAUGAAAUAUGAAGUAUUCUUUGGUACUCACAAUCGCGAGUCACUCGAGGAAAUAACUGAUUUGGUUCUAAAGAAUCCUAUAUUAGUCAAACACGUGUCGUUUGGUCAGCUCUUUGGCAUGCGUGAUAACCUUACGAUUCCUCUCGCUAAGGCGAAUUUUAAGGUCUAUAAGUACUUGCCGUACGGACCGGUAAAGGAUUCUGUACAUUACUUGAUCCGCCGUGCGAUUGAAAAUUCAUCAGUGCUGUCUAACCCAAACAACCAAGAGGGCAAAAUGAUCAAGAAGGAGAUACGGCGCAGAUUUCUCUUACCUUAA